AUGCGCGAGUGUGAUCGUAAACGUCUUUUAUACAUAUUAUGUACGCUGGAGAAACGAGUCGCUGCACAGGUAACACAUUUGUGGCCAGAUGGCCAUGUUGAACCAAGAGGGCCCAGACCGGCAGCAGUACGAGGUUUACAUUACAAGCAUGAAGGACAAACUGUUCCAUCUGACAGUAACCUCGACAGUGCCCAGACAUUCAGUAGCAGUCUACGGCUGCUGGAAAGUAAACUCCAGGUCAGAGGACACUACGACCACCCUGACGCAGACCACCUUAAGACCGCCGUUCAGAUGACCUUCACGCAGCCCUCUGGCGAGACCUUCACGUCCGACCUUCAUUUGUCUCACGCUUACGAUGGCUCCGUGAGAGAUAUCAAGGCUUCUUCCACGUACAACGGCGACGUGAUUGAAGGUCUGGUGAAAUCACAAACCGAGAUGGGUGGUUCUCCGACGACUCACGCGGACUUGCAUUCACCUUCACGACACCUUUCAACCGCCUCAGAAGGGUCGGCUUCGCCUUUGAAGCCCACGGCAAUCCAGCAGCAGGUGGAUUCGCAGAGUUUGAAUGGGACGAGCUGAAGAUUCGUGGCGAGUCUCAAAUGAGCGACGAUAUAGAGGUUAAGCUUCAAUAUGAAGAUGGUGGAACCUGCGACUCUCACCUUCACCUUUAUCACAAAUACGAUGGUGAACAUUACAUGACUGGCGCCAGUCUCGCUCUUACCCUUCUUACGACCCAUGGAAGAUUGAACUUAUCACUACCAAAGCACAAGAAGUAGCGGGAGACUUUGUCAGUCUUGAACUCAAUCUGAAUUCCCCAUCAACACUGCGCCCUUCCAGAUUCAAGGAUUGUAUAAGUUCACUGACGAUGAAAUUGACCUUGAACUUCAGGCAGGAACCGAGAGUGACAAGACUUCACUUUCAUUCUCUGGGAAGAACGAGCUGGACUGGGGAGCACGAAGAUUAACUGGAUCAUUAGAGUUUAACUCUCCAUGGGUUCAGCCAGUAACAGUGAAUGUUACAAACAUUCAUGAUGAGGAAUACUUCAAUGUUACUUUCGAUCUCAGGUCGUCACUAAAAUACAUCAACACUAUUGCAGCAGAAUUCAGUGCCAACUAUGCUGUUCCCGAGGAAACAAAGGCUCAUUUCUACCUCUCUCACAAAGAUGUUCAGGCAACAAUGGAGAUGAACCACAAAUUCAGUGAAGCUGGCCUAAAACAGCAUCUUCACGCAUCAGUUAACACAAUGAGUGUUAGCUAUGAGUCUGAAGCAGC